UCUCUGGACAAGGCCACUGAGUGAAAAUGCCAGGUGAGGACUUCGCUGCUGGCUGGGCCACCCUGGGUCUCUGAAGACCCAUGCUCCCUCCAGCUGCCUGCCUCAGUCUUUUUCUCCUUUGGGGACAGCCUGAGGUCAGGUUAGGAUCCUAGCUGGAAGGACCCUCAGCAGUUUCUCCAACCCUCUCAUUAAACUGAAAGAGAAAUAGGCCCAAAGAAGCGUAGGGACCUGCCCAAGGUCACAUGGCACGUUCCUGGAUGACAUGGGCCAGAGCCGAGGGAUGCUGACUUCCUAGCCAAACUCGUUCCCCCGGGGCUUAAUGUUGAAAACAGCCGGCACAGUGUGCCAGUCUCCAGUUCCUGCCCUGUACCCACCGAGGGGACAGACACCUCUCACAGCAGUGCACCAGCUGCUUCGUUUUCCCGGCAGAGUCCAGACCUAGGUAGGCUUUCUGGAUUGAUGAUUAUUUUGGACAAGCUUCUGGAUCCCGUGGACUCCAUGACCAAACAACCAGGUGGCUGCUUACAAACAUCUGCUGCCAUCAGAAGCUUCUGGAAACCCACCAGCUCUCUGGAACUUUCUGGAGCCUGACCUUCUCCAUACUGCUUAUGGCUUCUGGGUGGAGGCGUCGCCUGCAGGCUCUGGCCGGGUCACCAGUGGACCCAGCUCUUUGAACUCCUCCCACCCAAUCCUGAUGAUGCCUGUGUUCUCUCUGCAACACCUGCAGGGGUGUUUGACCAGGACUCACUGAAGACAGCUGUGAAGUACUUGACCAUGCCCAAGUAUGCAUGGAACUGUGUAGGUUCCAGACAUCUCUGGGCCCCUACUCUGGACCAGGGCUGGGGACCCAAAGGUGGGUAUGAUCCAGCCCAACAGUGGGCACCAAGUCUGGCAAAGGAGAGAGGUUCAUAUUCUGGAGACGGUAACUCUGGACUUGAAUCGUUCUUCCAAGGGGCAUCCAUUGUCAGGGCCACACCUUCAGUGCACAGAAGGGGAAACUGAGGCAGCCCUCCAAGAGAUGUUAUCUGCCAAGGUCACACAGCAAGUCAGUGCGUUGUUGAGACUAAGACCCAGAACCCUGCAUCCUGGCCCAGGCUCUCUCUCUCCAUCUUGAUCUCAGAGACCAGCCUUUGAGAGGUGCUCGGAAGGUCAUUGUGCUGUGACUCAGGUUCCUGGCUCAGGCUGCCCCGCUACUAAGGAUGGGCUGUGUCACUUGAGCUACUUUGUUCUCUGCGUGAGGCCUGAGUCACUCCAGGUGGAUGAUCUCUGAGGGGCCCCCACUUCAGUUGUGAGUCUGGGAUCCUCUAAGAGGGGUCCCUUGCCAGGCUGUGGACGCUCUCUGUGAUGGUCUGUGGGACAUUUCUAGGAGGGCUUUCUUCCUCCCGUCAGACCGAAGCUAAACAAUACCAGAACUAGUAGUUGCUUCAACUACAGGCUGUGCUGACUGCCCGAGGAUGACCUGGGGUCUGUUUUAUACCCCUUGGAAUCUAUCGGAUCCCCCAACGCGAGCCCCCCACGCCUGACGGGAGCUAUAUAAGGCGGAACCAGGCAGGCGAAAGGGGCAGCGCAACCGAGCGGAGCCCAGGAGAGGAGAGACAGAGAGAGAAAGAGCCUGAGCGAGAGACGGGAAAGCAAGGAGGAGGAAGCCACCGGUGCGUCGGGACAGAAACGCAGGUGUUCGGAGCGCCCGAGCUGGAGCUCUGCAGCCGCUAGUCAUGUACCGCUCCACCAAGGGCGCCUCCAAGGCGCGCCGCGACCAGAUCAACGCUGAGAUCCGGAACCUCAAGGAGCUGCUGCCGCUGGCCGAAGCGGACAAGGUCCGGCUGUCCUACCUGCACAUUAUGAGUCUUGCCUGCAUCUACACUCGCAAGGGCGUCUUCUUCGCUGGAGGCACUCCUCUGGCGGGCUCCACAGGGCUUCUCUCAGCUCAAGAGCUUGAAGACAUAGUGGCAGCACUACCUGGAUUUCUGCUUGUGUUCACAGCAGAGGGGAAGCUGCUAUAUCUGUCUGAGAGUGUGAGCGAGCAUCUGGGCCACUCCAUGGUGGACCUGGUUGCCCAGGGUGACAGUAUCUACGACAUCAUUGAUCCAGCUGACCACCUAACUGUGCGCCAGCAACUCGCCCUGCCGUCUGCCCUGGAUACUGAUCGCCUCUUCCGCUGUCGCUUCAACACCUCCAAGUCCCUCAGGCGCCAGAGUGCAGGCAACAAACUGGUGCUUAUUCGAGGUCGAUUCCAUGCUCACCCACCUGGGGCCUAUUGGGCAGGAAAUCCUGUGUUCACAGCUUUCUGCGCCCCACUGGAGACAAGACCCCGCCCUGGCCCUGGCCCUGGCCCUGGUCCUGGCCCAGCCUCACUCUUCCUGGCCAUGUUCCAGAGUCGUCAUGCUAAGGACCUGGCCCUUCUGGAUAUCUCAGAGAGUGUCCUAAUCUACCUGGGCUUUGAGCGCAGUGAGCUGCUCUGUAAAUCAUGGUAUGGACUGCUACACCCUGAGGACCUGGGCCACGCUUCUGCUCAACACUACCGCUUGUUGGCUGAGAGUGGAGAUAUUCAGGCGGAGAUGGUGGUGAGACUGCUGGCUAAGCCUGGAGGCUGGGCGUGGAUUUACUGCCUUUUAUAUUCAGAAGGCCCAGAGGGCCCCGUUACCGCCAAUAACUACCCCAUCAGUGACAUGGAGGCCUGGAGCCUCCGCCAGCAGUUGAACUCUGAAGAAACCCAGGCAGCCUAUGUCCUGGGCACCCCGACCAUGUUGUCCUCAUUCCCGGAGAACAUUCUCUCCCAGGAGCAGUGCUCCAGCCCUAAUCCACUCUUCACCAUGGGGCCUCCCAGAAGCACCAGUUUCCCCAGUGUUCCUGAGCUAGGUGCUGUCUCAACAUCAGAAGAGCUUCCCCGACCGCCCAAAGACCUUGGCUUCAGUUACCUGACAUUCCCGUCAGGCCCUCAGCCUUCUCUCCAAGCAGACCUGAGCAAGGACCUUGUGUGCACUCCACCGUACACGCCCCACCAACCAGGAGGCUGUGCCUUCCUCUUCAGCCUCCACGAGCCCUUCCAGACCCACAUGCCCGCUCCGUCCAGCUCUCUACAAGAACAGCUGACUCCAAGCACCGUGACCUUCUCUGAUCAGUUGACGCCCAACAGUGCAACUUUCCCAGAUCCACUGACUAGCCCACUACAAGGACAACUGACUGAAACCUCAGCCAGAAGCUAUGAAGAUCCUUGCACCUCCACCUUCCCAGACCAGCUGCUUCCCAGCACUGCCACCUUCCCAGAGCCGCUGAGCAGCCCUGCCCAGGAGCAGCUAACUUCUCCCAGCACAUCAUUCCAAGCACACCUGAACAGCCCCAGGCAAACUUUCCCAGAACAACUGAGCCCCAAUUCCAGCAAGACUUACUUCGCCCAGGAGGGAUGCAGUUUUCUCUAUGAGAAGUUGCCCCCAAGUCCUAGCAGCCCUGGUAAUGGGGAUUGCACACUCUUGGCCCUAGCCCAGCUCCGGGGUCCCCUCUCUGUGGAUGUCCCCCUGGUGCCCGAAGGCCUGCUUACACCCGAGGCCUCGCCAGUCAAGCAGAGUUUUUUCCACUAUUCUGAGAAGGAACAGAGCGAGAUAGACCGUCUCAUUCAGCAGAUCAGCCAGUUGGCUCAGGGCAUGGACCGACCCUUCUCAGCUGAGGCUGGCACGGGUGGGCUGGAACCACUCGGGGGGCUGGAGCCCCUGGACUCUAACCUUUCCCUGUCGGGGGCUGGUCCCCCUGUGCUCAGUCUGGAACUGAAACCCUGGAAAUGCCAGGAUCUGGAUUUCCUGACUGACCCUGAUCUGUUCCUGGAAGAGACGCCCGUGGAAGACAUCUUCAUGGAUCUCUCUACCCCAGACCCCAAUGGGGAGUGGGAGUCUGAGGAUCCCGAGGCAGCGGUCCCAAGAGGGGCCCCAUCGCCUUGCAACAACCUGUCCCCAGAAGACCGCAGCUUCCUGGAGGACCUGGCCACAUAUGAAACCGCCUUUGAGACAGGUGUCUCAGCAUUCCCCUACGAUGGGUUUCCUGAUGAGUUGCAUCAACUCCAGAGCCAAGUUCAAGACAGCUUCCAUAAAGAUGGAAGUGGAGGGGAACCAACGUUUUGAAUAAGUCUGUGACUUAACGUCGUCAAGUAUGGCAUAUUGUCAUCAAGACGUGGAGCCGUUCUCCACCCCCCCGGGAUUGUUGGGGGGAUUCUGGGGGCCAGAGGGGGAUAGAUCUGAUUCCCCAGGCCCUGCAGGAUUUGGGGGGGGGAGGUGGGAGGACAAGGGAGGGGAGCUUCUUUUUAAAAUUUAGAGACGUCAAACGAUCCCAGUUUCCAUUUCAAUCUGUAUUCACUCGUAGUGAGUUUCCUUGAAUGGGAUUUCAAGCGGAGAAUGGGGGAGUCUCACUUCCCCCGCCCCGCACUGCCCCAUGGGCCUGGGCCAGUUCUCCACUCCUGGGGGCCAAGUCACCCCUGGGUCUUGGUGGGGGAAAGGCAGUGCCCACCCGGGCCAGCCUGUGCCCUGAGGGGCUCUUGACACCCACGUAGAAUUCUCUACACACCAGUAACGGGAUUUCAAUUCCGAUGGACUCUGCCGCCCUGGCGGCCCUUCUUGUGACUUUUGCGCCCCGCGCCUGGGGUGGGGGGCGCGAAGAGACGCUACGUUCCUUUCCGAUGGAGGAAGGCAGACCUGCCGGCGUCACACGUGUGCUUGCGCGAGUGCGUGUACCUGGUGCGGGACUCACCCGGCUGCCCGACUGCCUGGGCCUGCCCAGGUGGCCACCUCGUGGUGCUGCGGUGACUUUGUAGCCAACUUUAUAAUAAAGUCCAGUUUGCCUUUUUGGUA